UUUAAUCACUCAUUUGGUCAGAGCUGGUAGGCUACAACCAAGCUCCACACACACCGAGAGGGGAAAAGAGAGAGAAGGAGUGAGUUUAAAGGAGAAGAGAAAGAGGAAACGGUGUCUGUUGGAGAGGAAGCCUCACUCACACCUCUAGGAACAUAGCGAAGAGGGAAUUGCAAGACCAGAGACACAGCAACCUAGCCUGGGAGCAGGAGGACUGACCAGCCUACUGAACCACACAGGCAGAGAAUAUAACAGAGAAUAAAACCUGAGCCCUUGGGGUACAGAAGACCAGUGACAACAGCCACUCUGAGCCAGUGGAUCCACAACAUUCUACCACCCUGAUCCAGACACUGAGGAACCAGAGAUCCAGAGAUCCAGAGGAACCCCCAACAGCACCCUCGCACUGCCUUCCAGAGUAGAAUAUGUCCUGCCAGCCCAGCCAACCCUGCCGCUGAGCCGCUGGGGCACCAUGAUAUCCCACUACCCCCUGGCCAUCCUGCUGCCCUGGCCCCCCGGUCCCCACGGACACUGCUCCGACAUGGAGGCCUCUCUGCUGGAUGGGGAGGGAGGGGUGUUCCUGCAGAGGUACCAGGCUCGAUCACCAGAGAGCAGCCCCCGACACUGGAGCUCGGUGCAGGACUGGGGGGAGGAAGUGGAGGAGGGAGCAAUAUACAACGUGACACUGAAGAGGGUCCAGAUUCAGCAGGCUGCCAACAAGGGAGCAAGAUGGCUGGGGGCUGAGGGGGACCGGCUGCCCCCUGGCCACACAGUGAGCCAGCUGGAAACCUGUAAGAUCCGGAGUAUCCGUGCGGGAACGCUGGAACGGCUGGUGGAGACCCUGCUGACGGCGUUCGGGGACAAUGACCUCACUUACACCAGCAUCUUCCUGUCCACGUACCGCGCCUUCGCCAGCACACACACCGUGCUGCAGCUGCUGUUGGACAAAUAUGGAAUUCCAGAGGAUAGUGAAGGACAGAUGGAGCGAUGUAGACCCUCUGAAACCAAAGGAGCCGUUCGAACUGCCCUGGCCUCCAUCCUUCGAGUCUGGCUGGACCAGUGUCCAGAGGACUUCCAGGAGCCUCCAUCUUACCCCUGCCUCCACAGAGUCAUGGCCUAUCUACAGAGGGCCCUGCCUGGAUCGGAGCCCAUUCGUAGAGCCCAGAGUCUACUGGGGCAGCUACAAGCCGAGGCCAGUCUGGAUCCAGACUCCGAGGGUUUCUCUGGCGGUUUCCAUGGCAACAGCUCCUUCUGCCUGGGUGAGGAUGAGGAAGUGGAGAUCGAGGUCCAGGAAGACUUCCUGUCAUUUGAUGCAGAUUUGGUGGCCGAGCAGCUAACCUAUAUGGAUGCGUUGUUGUUCAAGAAGGUGGUUCCUCACCACUGUCUGGGUUCCAUCUGGUCCCAGAGGGAUAAGAAGCAAAACAAGCACAGUGCUUCCACCAUCCGUGCCACCAUCACCCAGUUCAAUGCUGUGGCAGCAUGUGUGGUCAGCACCAUACUGCACCGACGCCAGAUCCGCCCACACCUCAGGGCACGGGUCAUCCAGCGCUGGAUAGACGUCGCUCAGGAGUGUCGCAUGCGUAAGAACUUCUCCUCGUUGCACGCCAUCGUAUCUGCACUGCAGUCCAACCCACUCUACAGACUGAAGAGGGCCUGGUCCUGCGUGCACAAAGACGGCAUCUCUACGUUCGAGGAACUAUCAGACAUCUUCUCAGAUCACAACAACUACCUGACCAGCCGAGAGCUGCUGAUGAGGGAGGGCACCUCUAAGUUUGCCAAUCUGGAAGGCUGUGCUAAGGAGCACCAGAAACGCAUUCACAAACGACUCCAGCUGCAGAAGGAAAUGGGUGCCAUGCAGGGGACGAUACCUUACCUGGGCACCUUCCUGACAGACCUGACCAUGUUAGAUACUGCUCUACCAGACCUAGUAGAGGGUGGGCUCAUCAACUUUGAGAAGAGACGGAGGGAGUUUGAGGUGAUUGCUCAGAUCAAGCUGCUGCAGUCUGCGUGUAACAGCUACUGUCUGAGUGCUGACGCUGCCUUCCUGCGCUGGUUCAAGAGCCAGCCACAGCACAGUGAGGAGGAAAGCUAUGCUAUGUCUUGUGACAUUGAAGGAGUGGGAGACAGCAGUCCUACUUCACCCAAACCCCGCAAGAGCAUGGUCAAGAGACUUAGCCUACUGUUCCUGGGUGCAGACUCCUCGGCAGCGAGUUCCCCGUUGAGGGAAACACCUCGGUCGCCCCCUACUGGCAGCUCUGGGGAGAGCAUGGACUCAGUAAGUGUGUCGUCUAGUGACUCCAGCCCUUCAGAAAGCGAUGGCAUGGCCAUGACCCCUAUACACACCUCCGACACUCAGCAGAACAAGUUGUCCGAGUCUUCUUCCUGUACUUCUCUCCACUCCAUGGACACCACCUCAUCAUCAGCCAGUGUUCCAGUGACCCCGGCCUCUCCCUCUCUCCCCGGGCCACCCUGCAUGCACCGUCGCUCUGUCUCCCUGACACCCAUGUCCCCCUCCUCCCCCUUGCCCCCGGCCUACAACACCCAGGCCCAGGACGCCUGCAUCAUCAGAGUCAGCCUGGAGCAGGGCAAUGGCAACCUCUACAAGAGCAUCCUGUUGACGAGUCAGGAUAAGACUCCAGCAGUGAUUUCUAGAGCUGUGGCCAAACACAACCUGGAGAGUGAGCCUGGGGAGGGAUAUGAGCUGGUGCAGGUCAUCUCUGACGAGAGAGAGCUGGUGAUUCCAGACAACGCCAACGUCUUUUACGCCAUGAACACCUCAGCCAAUUUUGACUUCCUGCUGCGGGUGCGAGGCACCGCGGGGAGGCCGGUCCAGCUGAGAAGUCGUUGCGCCUCCACACUCCCCCGCGCCCAGCAGCGCUCCAGCCUGUCUCUGCGCCUCAGCAAGGUCACACUGUGACUCCCAGGACAGGGGCACAAGGACUGGAGGGACCACAGACUGGAGGGGGUGGGAGACUGAGACGGAAGCAUGGGGGAGUGAGUUGAAGUCAAUGAAGUCAAUGAGACUCUGAAUACCCUAUUCCCAAAACACCUGUCCCCAAUCGGACCCCCACCUCUCAAUGCCCACAUACAUCCCCCAACUCCAGAAGCAGCCUGUGGCCUUCCAAUCCCUGUCCCUACCACCCCCAACCCCUAUGGACUAUUAUGGAUGUGUAGUGGGACUUCAGUGCCAUAUAGAAUAUAGAUGCCUUUGGCAGAGCGAGACAGUGCCCCCCUCCCCGCAACCUUCCGCUCUCCACAUGAAGAGGUUUUGCACAUGCAGGAGGAGUGACUCCGGCCCUCCAUCAGUAUUCAGCUUUUUUUUAUCAACUCUCUUCUUUCCUGUGAUGCCUGUUAUGUUUCCCAUUCAGAGGGAGAUGGGAAGGAGAGUGAGACUGCGAUGUCCAGUCCUGUUGCCUUUAUUAAUGAUGAACUCCUGUGUCAGUAUUCAUCUGGGUGAUUGAUUGACAGGAGCUGUGUGAUGUCACUAUCUUUCUUCUUUGUUUCCUUCACCUCAUUGUGUGCACUGUGUGUAACACACCGGACUGCGCUUCUAAUAUUCUGAGCUGUGUGACGAAUACCAUUAUAGAGGCAUUCUGAUAGGUUCCUACUUGGUUUUAACAAGUCCUUUCCUUUUGAAAUUGCUUAGCUGUCCUAUCUCAUCUGUAGGGUGUAGUGACACGUAGGAUGGAUCUCUAUGUGAGGCCCGGAUUGAGUGGCCUGCUGCGCUGAUUAGUAGUCCUGAUAGAGAUGCACUUGUUGGUGGCUAGGUGACGUCAGGAUGUGGGAAAUGGGUGGAAUGAGUGACCUGCUCUUCUUUUCACCUCUGCACAAAAUGAAGUAUAGUUUUGUUUUCCUCUGAUGUUUUUUACAGGGCAGAAGAAAAAAGUAUAUGUAUCAAACUUGGAGAGGGUUCCAAAGGAUGAUGUUCUUAAAUGAUAUGUGAAUUCAGAUUGUCAGAAAGAAGACGGGUGCCAGGUUUGCUGUGCUUCAUUUGGAAUCGUGACAGGGACAGACUCCCACUCCAGUGCUCAGUGGGUGCACAUUACAUUAAUGAGCACUGGGGCUUAUUCAGGAGGGUGCAGGGUUAAGGUCUAUCUGCUGAACACUCCGUCACUUAUCAUGUGCACUUGGGUGGAGUCCAUUUUUUUUAGAGCAGCACCGUUUGGCAACAUGAUACCCUCGCCGGUCCAUGUGUUCCUAGACCCCCGAUUUAUAAACAUUCACAAGGCUGCAAUAGCAGAGAUUUUCUUCCCAUUUGUGAAAAAACGAAGAAUCACAUUGAAAACUACCACUGUUGGCUAAUUUAAAAGAAAACCAACUGCAUUUUUGAAUAAUAGCUAAAUCUAAUGAAAGUUUCGGUUUGUUUUACAUUACCUCAUUUUGUGCCUGCCAGUUGGCUGUAGGCUAAAAACAGCAAGCUAGCCUUUCCAUCUUCCCACAUCUUCCCAAUUUAUAAUUAAAUAAAUGCCCUGGCAAAUAUUCUUAUACUUUGCCAGUGUAACCUACAACAUUAUUCCAGUUUAAUCUGCUGCUUGAAUGUAUUCGCUCCCAUAUCAGCUAAAAAUAGAAUGUCGUCAUUUUUGCUCAUGGAGAAAAAGCACAUGGCUAGCAGCUGUUUUACCAUUUAGAAGUAGCCUAAAAUCAAGUAAUUACUUCUAAACAAAAUAUGGUUUGUGGGGGAUUCUAAUAAGGCUAUAAUGUUUAUGGUUUGAACAGUCGCUGAGAUUACAUUUAGUUAUCAAUGCAAAAUAGGCUACUUUAGUUCUUAGCAUCAGAUCACUUUUGUUUUCACGGAUUUAUAGCAACACUGGUGCUUUUUUUUUUUGUUGAGCAAAUUGAUAGAUGUAGAGUUAAUUAUUUAGUGAAACCAGUGGUGUAGUGAAGGGUAAAUGUUUUGCGGGAAAAUUAAUUCAACGUAUAAGGAGCUUGACUUUUUUCACCGCAACCCCACUUUUUUCUACCACUACAUCAGUGUGUGAAACAGCUUUGUGCCAAAAGAGAUAGGAACAAAAUCACAUUUUUGGGGUUCAAUUUCAACCAAGUAAAUUUGGUGGUAAAAUACAGCCUCAUUAUCUACACAACAGUGCUCCCACCCUCACAAAAGGAAUAAUAUGCUGCAUUUCAACGUUUUUGUGGAGAGAAUCGGCGUAGCAAGCGACUAGGUAGGCUUACGUACUACAAGGAGCCGCCCAUUUUGAGGUGAAAAAUGACAUUCAAGUACUGCGUUGCGCUCUGUUUGCAUAAACGUUCAGAUGGAAAUUGUCAUUCGGAAUAGGCAGUCAUGUCUGCUCUUACAACAGUCUCAACAUUACAGCCCCCUGUGCACUGAGCCUCAGCCAAUCACUCACUACCAAUAGUUUGAGUCACAGACUAUAUGAAGAAAAGAAAUCACACCAGCCCACACUAUGACACUAACUCAGUGCCUCCUGUGCCCAGGCCCUCUACACACACACACACACACACCUCUCACUUUAACAGAAACCCUUACUGGCUCCCACACACUGCCUAACCAGCAUUAACACCACCACCCCAUCGGUCACACACACACACACACACACACUGAAUGCUGUCCCUCCUGUGCCAUAAAUACCUAUUCUCUCCUUGCACACUGUGGUUAUGGUUAUAACACUCGUUCUCUAAUACUGACAUUCUGGCCAUCUCACUGAACGCAGUGUACUGAUCUGUUAUUGGUCAUACUAAAGGCUGGGCAAGGUUUACUCUGUGGUCGAUUUCCUCCUAUCUUGAUUCUCAUUUAGCACUUGUGAUUUUUCUCUCAUGAACUUUGUGUACUUCUUCACUGCCAAAGAAUUCUCUACCUAAAUAAAUUAUUAUCAUUACUAUGA